AUCAGGAGAGGACUACGGCGGCCACACCCACGUUUGUCGAUCCAGAUCAUUCCCUACACCACCAGUCGCCUUCCUCGGCCAAGAUAUACUAAAGCCAUCACCCAAGCCUUUUCCUUUUCUUCUACACGUCCAAAGCACCACUCCCGUUCCAAGUAG